AUGACGUCGAUGAGUACAGGAAGUUUACAACCACAGAGGAAUGAUAGUUUAAACAAUACAGACAUAGACUAUGCAAUAGCUCGUGUAAAUGGUGACGAGUUUGAGUGCAGUACGGGAUAUAGGCGAGUUGGAAAGGAAAGACGCUGUGAAGGAUCAGGGGACUCUGGGGUCAAGGCUCUUGUACCAGAAAAUCUUUCAGUGUGUCCUGCUUGGUUUUACGGAGUAAACUGUACGGAGAUGUGUUCCUGUAACCAGACUACGUCUGUAAGCUGCAACUCUGCGAAUGGGUCAUGUAUAUGUACACCAGGACACACCGGGAAUCAGUGUAACCAAGCUUGCGAUAGUAACACUUUCGGAGAAAACUGCAGCCAGACAUGCAAAUGUGAUCCAAUCAACAGCUUCGCCUGUAGUCACGUUGAUGGAACAUGUGAUUGCUCCUCCGGAUGGACAGGAAAUUUCUGCAACGAAACCUGCAGUGCUGGUACAUAUGGCGAUCAGUGUAGAAAUAACUGCUCUUGUCCAACCAACGCAUCCCCAGUCUGUCACCAUAUCAAUGGCUCAUGUUCCUGUAUCACGGAUUAUGUGAUGGUCGGAGAUACAUGUCUUAAAAUAGAUACAGUUACAGUGACUGUGUCUCCACUGUCGGAAUUCCUCGCCGUAUUUGAAAAUCCAGUCUAUGUCUGUAUUAUCACUGUCGGAUGUACUCUUCUUCUGGUCGCCAUUAUAUUGUGCAUCAUGUGGAUAGUCUGCAGAUGCUCAUGUGCUGAGGUCAGGAGCCGAAAACACUUGUUGAAAUCACCGACAUUGUUAGACAAUGUCCCUACAGCUUACCCUAGACAGUUAAUUGGUUCAGCUGCUGAACCAGCUAAAAAAGAUGCCAUCGCUGCUUUGGCUAAUAUCACAACGAAAUCAAUCAAACAAGAAGAGGAAUUAGACGUCCAUACAUCUACAGUUUACGGGGCUUCCCUUGGUGUUACAGGACAACCUCCUAUUACUGAAGGAGGAAGCUACUACUACAAUGAAACUCUUCAGCAAUCUUUUCCAAGUACAACACCCCUUUUAGAUUCAUCAUCACAAGUGAAUAUAAUCGAUAAUUUGUUGGAUGGCAAUGCAUACUUCCAAAACACCAAAGCCUCAUCCGUGUCAACAUUCAAAUUGAAUGAGACAACAGAUGAAAGCCCCCAGACGGUUAACACUAUCGGGGGUAUGUAUUAUAAUGUUGAUGAUUUGCAACAAGGAAUCCUGAAUAGAAAAUUGGUGGCUUCACAGCCAAACCUGUCACAACAACCACGACCGAAGGACGUUACAUUUAACGAUGUCAUCGCUGAUAUAGCGAAGAAGAAAGGAUAUCGAAAUGGAAAAACUAAUUUGAAAAAGAUGAACUCCCGAUCCCUCCCUAAUAUUAAUCGUGUCAACGUUGAGCCAGACAGGGUUCGUCCAACAUUUCAUUUGUUCAAAAAUUCCACGUCUGAUCCCGAUAUGAAGCAGAAACAGUCUGGCAAUAAUAUCAGCAUUUAUGAGGAUACGGCGGUUUCGAAUUCCAAGGAAUCACGUGACGUUAACGCAGCUGCCACUACCCCUAUGUUUAUUGGUGCAAAAAAAGCCACACGCAUUGCCCCAAUACCGGUGGCGCCACCUCUUCUACCUCCGAAACCGAAAAAUGUCGGUAAUAGUGUCUUGGACUCCUCUGAAUCAAAACCUUCUUCAGAUCAACCGUCACCUCCUCCAAUAUCUAAAAUUCCAACAUACUCUAAUAUCAACCGUAAUGGCAUGCCAAGAGACGAUACAAAAUUGAAUUAUUCAGCUUCUGACACCAAUUUUCAAAAUGUACCCGUGGCGCCCCCUUUUAGCAAUAUUCCACUUCAGAAUCCGUCCUUUGUAAGAGGAGGAAAUGACUUAAGGAGCAAUGCGACUGGUGGCGUUAAUUAUGAUGACGUAGCUAUUAGGUCGUUCACCAGACAAGAGUCUGAGGGUAUUUACGAUGAUAUAGACCAAGAUCCUGGUCGUGUCGAGACCAGACAGAUUUGCAUCUGGUAUAUAUGCUGAAAUGGAAUGAAAAUGUACAGCCAAUCAUUUUAUCUAUAUCCCUUUAAUACAUGUUCUCAAUCAUUUAUGUAUAUUUUGUAGAUCAGUUUUAAAUCAGUUUUGAAUAACACUAAAAUUGUCUUACUUCAAACAAAAGUCAAAUAGCACGUAACUCGCAUUGAUGGUCAAUAAAAUGUGUUCCCACCUAGCGUUCACUUGUUU